AGGCGACUCCUUUCGGAUCCCUCUGUUUACAAUGGCCCAGAGGACUGGACUGGAGGACCCGGAGAGGUAUCUCUUUGUGGACAGGGCUGUCAUCUACAACCCUGCCACUCAAGCUGAUUGGACAGCUAAGAAGCUGGUGUGGAUUCCGUCAGAGCGCCAUGGUUUUGAGGCAGCUAGCAUCAAAGAAGAGCGUGGCGAUGAGGUCACGGUGGAGCUGGCCGAGAACGGCAAGAAAGCCAUGGUCAGUAAAGACGACAUCCAGAAGAUGAACCCACCCAAGUUCUCCAAGGUGGAGGACAUGGCAGAGCUGACGUGCCUCAAUGAAGCCUCUGUGUUACACAAUCUGAAGGAUCGCUACUAUUCCGGACUUAUCUACACUUACUCUGGACUCUUCUGUGUAGUGAUAAAUCCUUACAAGAACCUUCCGAUUUACGCUGAGAAUAUCAUUGAGAUGUACAGAGGAAAGAAACGGCACGAGAUGCCGCCGCACAUCUACGCCAUAUCCGAGUCCGCUUACAGAUGCAUGCUUCAAGAUCGUGAGGACCAGUCCAUUCUUUGCACGGGUGAAUCGGGUGCCGGGAAGACAGAAAAUACCAAGAAAGUCAUUCAGUACCUCGCGCAUGUUGCCUCUUCACACAAAGGAAGAAAGGACCACAAUAUUCCUGGGGAACUUGAACGGCAGCUGUUACAAGCAAAUCCAAUUCUGGAAUCAUUUGGAAAUGCGAAGACUGUGAAAAAUGAUAAUUCAUCUCGCUUUGGCAAGUUUAUUCGGAUCAACUUUGAUGUAACUGGCUACAUUGUUGGGGCCAACAUUGAAACAUACCUUCUGGAAAAGUCUCGUGCUGUUCGUCAAGCUAAAGAUGAGCGUACGUUUCAUAUCUUCUACCAGCUGCUGUCUGGAGCAGGGGAGCACCUGAAGUCUGACUUACUCCUCGAAGGUUUUAAUAACUACAGAUUCCUCUCCAAUGGCUACAUUCCUAUUCCCGGACAGCAAGACAAGGAUAAUUUUCAGGAGACCAUGGAAGCGAUGCACAUAAUGGGCUUCUCUCACGACGAGGUCCUCUCAAUGCUUAAAGUCGUGUCUUCAGUGCUGCAGUUUGGAAACAUCUCUUUCAAAAAGGAGAGAAACACUGAUCAGGCUUCCAUGCCUGAAAACACAGUUGCACAGAAACUCUGCCACCUGCUUGGGAUGAACGUGAUGGAGUUCACGCGGGCUAUCCUCACCCCCCGGAUCAAGGUUGGCCGAGACUACGUACAGAAAGCCCAGACCAAAGAGCAAGCAGAUUUUGCGGUGGAAGCGCUGGCCAAGGCUACCUAUGAGCGGUUGUUUCGCUGGCUUGUUCAUCGCAUCAAUAAAGCGCUGGAUAGAACCAAACGCCAGGGAGCGUCUUUCAUUGGGAUCCUGGAUAUUGCUGGAUUUGAAAUUUUUGAGCUGAACUCCUUCGAGCAGCUGUGCAUCAACUACACCAACGAGAAGCUGCAGCAGCUGUUCAACCACACCAUGUUCAUCCUGGAGCAGGAGGAGUACCAGCGCGAGGGCAUCGAGUGGAACUUCAUCGACUUCGGCCUGGACCUGCAGCCAUGCAUCGACCUGAUCGAGCGGCCGGCGAAUCCCCCUGGUGUGCUGGCCCUCCUGGAUGAAGAAUGCUGGUUCCCCAAAGCCACAGAUAAAACUUUUGUUGAAAAGCUGGUUCAGGAGCAAGGUUCCCACUCCAAGUUCCAGAAGCCACGGCAACUGAAAGACAAAGCUGACUUCUGCAUCAUCCACUAUGCAGGGAAGGUGGACUACAAGGCAGAUGAGUGGCUGAUGAAGAACAUGGACCCUCUGAAUGACAACGUGGCCACCCUCCUGCACCAGUCCUCAGACAGAUUCGUGGCUGAGCUUUGGAAGGACGAGAUUCAGAAUAUUCAGAGAGCUUCUUUCUAUGACAGUGUAUCUGGUCUUCAUGAGCCGCCAGUGGACCGCAUUGUAGGUCUGGAUCAGGUCACUGGGAUGACUGAGACAGCUUUCGGCUCUGCGUACAAAACCAAGAAGGGCAUGUUCCGGACCGUGGGGCAGCUCUACAAAGAGUCCCUCACCAAGCUGAUGGCAACCCUCCGAAACACCAACCCCAACUUCGUUCGCUGCAUCAUUCCAAAUCACGAGAAGCGGGCCGGAAAACUGGACCCACACCUCGUGCUGGACCAGCUCCGCUGCAAUGGUGUCCUGGAAGGGAUCAGGAUCUGUCGCCAGGGCUUCCCCAACCGCAUCGUCUUCCAGGAGUUCAGACAGAGAUAUGAGAUCCUAACUCCCAAUGCUAUUCCUAAAGGCUUCAUGGAUGGCAAACAGGCCUGCGAGCGAAUGAUCCGGGCUUUAGAACUGGACCCAAACCUGUACAGAAUUGGACAGAGCAAGAUAUUUUUUCGAGCUGGAGUUUUGGCGCACUUAGAAGGAAGAGAUUUAAAAAUCACUGAUAUCAUCAUCUUUUUCCAAGCUGUAUGCAGAGGCUACCUAGCCAGGAAGGCCUUUGCCAAGAAGCAGCAGCAACUGAGUGCCUUGAGGGUCUUGCAGCGGAACUGCGCGGCGUACCUGAAGCUGCGACACUGGCAGUGGUGGCGCGUCUUCACGAAGGUGAAGCCUCUCCUCCAAGUGACCCGCCAGGAGGAAGAGCUCCAGGCAAAAGAUGAGGAGCUGCUGAAAGUGAAAGAGAAGCAGACGAAAGUGGAAGGGGAGCUUGAGGAGAUGGAGAGGAAGCACCAGCAGCUGCUGGAGGAGAAGAACAUCCUCGCAGAGCAGCUGCAAGCCGAGACCGAGCUCUUCGCCGAGGCAGAGGAGAUGAGGGCGCGACUCGCCGCCAAGAAGCAGGAGCUGGAGGAGAUCCUCCAUGACCUGGAGUCCAGGGUGGAGGAGGAGGAGGAGAGGAACCAGCUCCUCCAGAGCGAGAAGAAGAAAAUGCAAGCACACAUUCAGGACCUGGAGGAGCAGCUGGAUGAGGAGGAGGGGGCCCGUCAGAAGCUGCAGCUGGAGAAGGUGACGGCAGAGGCUAAAAUGAAGAAGAUGGAAGAGGAGGUGCUGCUUCUGGAAGACCAGAAUUCCAAGUUCAUCAAAGAAAAGAAGCUGAUGGAAGAGCGCAUCGCUGAGUGCUCCUCUCAGCUGGCUGAGGAGGAGGAAAAGGCGAAGAACUUGGCCAAAAUCAGGAACAAGCAAGAAGUGAUGAUCUCAGAUUUAGAAGAGCGCUUGAAGAAGGAGGAGAAGACUCGACAAGAACUGGAAAAGGCCAAACGGAAACUGGACGGGGAAACCACUGACCUGCAGGACCAGAUCGCUGAGCUCCAGGCGCAGGUCGAUGAGCUCAAACUCCAGCUGGCCAAGAAGGAUGAGGAGCUUCAGGGGGCGCUGGCCAGAGGAGAUGAUGAGACGCUGCAUAAGAAUAACGCGCUGAAAGUUGCGCGGGAGCUGCAGGCCCAAAUCGCCGAGCUCCAGGAAGACUUUGAGUCUGAAAAGGCUUCGCGGAACAAGGCUGAGAAGCAGAAACGGGACUUGAGCGAGGAGCUGGAAGCUCUGAAGACGGAGCUGGAGGACACUCUGGACACCACCGCAGCGCAGCAGGAACUACGCACAAAACGUGAGCAGGAAGUGGCCGAGCUGAAGAAGGCUCUUGAGGACGAGACUAAGAGCCACGAAGCUCAGGUCCAGGACAUGAGGCAGAGGCACGCCACGGCACUGGAGGAGCUGUCCGAGCAGCUGGAACAGGCUAAACGGUUCAAAGCCAAUCUGGAAAAGAACAAGCAGGGCCUGGAGACGGACAACAGGGAGCUGGCGUGUGAGGUGAAGGCGCUGCAGCAGGUCAAGGCUGAGUCUGAGCACAAGAGGAAGAAGCUGGACGCGCAGGUCCAGGAGCUCCACGCCAAGGUGUCGGAGGGUGACAGGCUCAGGGUAGAGCUGGCUGAGAAAGCAAACAAGCUGCAGAACGAGCUAGAUAAUGUCUCAACCCUCCUGGAGGAAGCCGAGAAGAAAGGUAUCAAGUUUGCUAAGGAUGCAGCUGGUCUCGAGUCUCAACUACAGGACACACAGGAGCUCCUGCAGGAGGAGACGCGGCAGAAGCUGAACCUGAGCGGUCGGGUGCGGCAGCUGGAGGAGGAGAAGAGCAGCCUGCAGGAGCAGCAGGAGGAGGAGGAGGCGGCCAGGAGGAACCUGGAAAAGCAGCUGCUGGCCCUGCAGGCCCAGUUGGCCGACACCAGAAGAAAAGUCGAUGAUGACCUGGGGACAAUUGAGGGUUUGGAGGAAGCCAAGAAGAAACUGCUUAAGGACGUGGAGGCGCUGAGUCAGCGGCUGGAGGAGAAGACCCUGGCGUCUGACAAGCUGGAGAAGACCAAGAACCGGCUGCAGCAGGAACUGGACGACCUGACGGUGGACCUGGACCACCAGCGCCAGAGCUCCAGCCUGGAGAAGAAACAGAAUAAGUUUGACCAGCUGUUGGCAGAAGAGAAGAACAUCUCAGCUCGCUAUGCUGAAGAGCGGGACCGAGCCGAAGCCGAGGCCAGAGAGAAAGAAACCAAAGCGCUGUCCCUGGCGCGGGCCCUUGAGGAAGCCUUGGAGGCCAAGGAGGAGUUCGAGAGACAGAACAAACAGCUCCGAGCCGACAUGGAGGACCUGAUGAGCUCUAAAGACGACGUGGGCAAGAAUGUCCACGAGCUCGAGAAAUCCAAGCGGGCCUUGGAGCAGCAGGCGGAGGAAAUGAGGACGCAGCUGGAGGAGCUGGAGGACGAGCUGCAGGCCACGGAGGACGCCAAGCUCCGCCUGGAGGUCAACAUGCAGGCCAUGAAGGCCCAGUUUGAGAGGGACCUGCAGACCAGGGACGAGCAGAACGAGGAAAAGAAGCGGCUGCUGCUUAAACAGGUACGGGAGCUCGAGGCAGAGCUGGAAGAUGAGCGCAAACAGCGGGCGCUUGCUGUGGCCUCAAAGAAGAAGAUGGACAUAGACCUGAAGGAUCUGGAGGCGCAGAUGGAGGCUGCAAACAAAGCUCGGGACGAAGUGGUCAAGCAGCUUCGCAAACUGCAGGCGCAGAUGAAGGAUUACCAACGUGAACUAGAAGAAGCCCGGGCAUCUAGAGAUGAGAUUUUUGCUCAAUCCAAAGAGAGUGAAAAGAAACUGAAGAGUCUAGAAGCAGAAAUCCUUCAGCUGCAGGAGGAGCUGGCCUCGUCUGAGCGAGCCCGCAGACACGCAGAGCAGGAGCGAGACGAGCUGGCUGACGAGAUCGCCAACAGCGCCUCUGGCAAGUCUGCCCUGCUGGAUGAGAAGCGGCGUCUGGAGGCUCGGAUCGCACAGCUGGAGGAGGAGCUGGAGGAGGAGCAGAGCAACACAGAGCUGCUCAACGACCGCUUCCGCAAGACCACUCUCCAGGUGGACACGCUCAACACGGAGUUGGCAGCAGAGCGCAGUGCUGCCCAGAAGAGUGACAACGCACGUCAGCAGCUGGAGCGACAAAACAAGGAGUUGAAGGCCAAGCUGCAGGAGCUGGAAGGGGCUGUCAAGUCCAAGUUCAAGGCCACCAUCUCGGCCCUGGAAGCCAAGAUUGGGCAGCUGGAGGAGCAGCUUGAGCAGGAAGCCAAGGAACGAGCAGCUGCCAACAAACUCGUCCGUCGCACAGAGAAGAAGCUGAAAGAAAUCUUCAUGCAGGUGGAAGAUGAGCGACGGCAUGCUGACCAGUAUAAAGAGCAGAUGGAGAAGGCCAACGCCAGGAUGAAGCAGCUUAAACGCCAGUUAGAAGAGGCUGAAGAGGAGGCUACACGUGCCAAUGCGUCUAGGCGGAAACUCCAAAGGGAACUGGAUGAUGCUACCGAGGCCAAUGAAGGCCUGAGCCGCGAGGUCAGCACUCUCAAGAACCGGCUCAGGCGGGGCGGCCCAAUCAGCUUCUCUUCAAGCCGAUCUGGCCGGCGCCAGCUACACAUUGAGGGUGCAUCCCUGGAGCUUUCGGAUGACGACACAGAAAGUAAGACCAGUGACAUCAAUGAGACACAGCCACCUCAAUCAGAGUAGACACAGGAGAUCAGAGGU